CAAAUGGGAAACUUUCUGGGUUGCUUCACUAACACAAAAGAAAUCAAAAGUUUCCCCAUUGAUACCAACUUCCAACUUGCUUCUCCAUUACCUUCUUGGCCACCAGGUGAAGGUUUUGCAAACGGAACCAUUGAUCUUGGAGGACUUGAAGUUCGUCAAAUAACAUCUUUCACCAAAAUCUGGUCCAGUUCUGAAGAUGGAGGUGCCACAUUUUUUGAGCCAUUUCCAUUACCAGAUGGGUUUUCCAUGCUUGGCUGUUAUUGCCAAACCAAUGACACUCCACUUUUCGGUUGGGUUCUGGCCGGAAAAGAUGUUUCCGGUGGAACCCUAGCCACUCCACUGGACUAUACUCUAGUUUUAAGUGUCACUGAUUCUUGCUACAUUUGGUUGCCAACACCACCAGAUGGGUAUCAACCGGUAGGUUAUGCCAUCACCUCCUCACCAGAAAAGCCCCCGCUCGAUAAAAUCCGGUGUGUUCGCGGUGACCUGACCGAUGAAUGCGAACCAGACGUGUUAUUGUGGGGUGCAGAUAACGGUGUUAAUGUUUAUAGCUCGAGACCGAAUCUUAGAGGAACACAAGCCCAAGGGGUUAGUGUAGGUUCAUUCACGAUCGAUAACGAAACUAAUUCGAUAUCGUCGUGUCUAAAGAACAAUAACUUCGAUUCGGUAUCGUCCUCCUCGAUGCCUAACUUGCCACAAAUCGAAACCCUAAUUCAAGAAUACUCUCCAAGAAUCUAUUUCCACCCUAGUGAAACUUACCUUCCAUCUUCAACUACUUGGUAUUUUAGCAAUGGGGUUCUGUUGUACCACAUAGGAGACGAGUCAAACCCUAUUCCGGUUGAAACCACCGGCUCGAACCUACCUCAAGGUGGUUCGAACGAUGGCACAUACUGGCUCGACCUUCCAAUUAACGAAACAGAAAGAGAUAGAGUCAAGAAAGGAGACCUACAAACUUGUGAGGCUUAUAUCCACAUCAAACCAAUGUUAGGAGGAACAUUUACUGAUAUAGCAAUAUGGUUUUUCUACCCUUUUAAUGGACCUGCAACUGCCAAAUUAGGGUUCAUUGAUGUUCCUUUAGGCAGGAUAGGAGAACAUAUAGGUGAUUGGGAACACAUGACUCUCAGAAUCAGCAACUUUAAUGGCGGAUUAUAUCGUGUUUAUUUCGCACAACAUAGUGGCGGGAUGUGGGUCGAUACCCCAUCUCUCGAGUUCCAAAACGGAACCAACAAAUUAGUCGGGUAUUCGUCGUUGCAUGGCCAUGCAUCGUACCCGACUCCAGGACUUGUGGUCCAAGGGACCAAUGUGGUUGGGCUAAGAAACGAUACCGCAAAAAGUGACAUGUUUCUGGACGUAGGAACCAAGUAUUCAAUCAUGGCGGCCGAUUACAUAACUUCCGUAAUCGAGCCACCAUGGUUGAACUACACAAGAAAAUGGGGUCCGAAAAUAACGUAUGAGAUCGGAAUUGAGCUUGAGAAGUUGCAGGAUUCGACAUCUGGGAUUGUGGAAUCUGCCAUUGAAGGGUUGAUGGAGGUUUUACCAAGUGAAAUCUAUGAAGAAGAUGGACCAACUGGACCUAAAAUGAAAGAAUAUUGGGAUGGAGAUGAAAGAUGAUGAUGAUGUUGAUUGUUGUAAUUAAUACAGUUAUUGGAUUCAAACAGAUGUAAUUAAUGUGAAUAAACUUGAUCGUGUACUGUACGAAAUCAAUUAUCCAAUUCACAAAAUAAUGAUUUUGCGUGUU